AAAAAAUGUAAUAGGAAUAUUAUAUGUACAGUACAAUAACAUAUUAUUCCUCUCUUUACCGUGUAAGGGAAUCAAAACCCUGAUCAAUCAUUUCCAUUAUUGAUUUCAUCUUAGCUUUUUAUUCAGACUUUCAGAUCACCGGACGGAACAAUGGUGUUCUUCAGGGGCGUCUCUUCGUUGUCCAGGCUUCGCUCUCGUCUUACUGAGCAGUCAAACCUCAAGAAUUCCGUUAGAUGGCUUCAAGUUCAGAGCUCCUCAGAUAUUGACCUUCAUUCUCAGCUCAGGGAAUUGAUUCCUCAACAACAGGAACGGCUGAAGAAAUUAAAGUCAGAACAUGGAAAGGUUCAAUUGGGCAAUAUUACUGUUGACAUGGUAAUUGGUGGAAUGAGAGGAAUGACUGGGCUGCUAUGGGAAACCUCAUUGCUUGACGCAGAUGAGGGUAUCCGUUUUAGGGGUCUGUCAAUUCCUGAAUGCCAAAAAGUCUUACCAGCUGCUAAGCCUGAUGGAGAACCUCUGCCUGAGGGUCUCCUCUGGCUCCUUUUAACUGGAAAGGUACCAAACAAAGAGCAAGUAGAUGCAUUAUCAAAGGAAUUGCGAGCCCGUGCAGUAGUUCCAGACUAUGUGUACAAGGCCAUUGAUGCUCUACCUGUCACAGCUCAUCCAAUGACUCAAUUGACCUCUGGAGUUAUGGCUCUUCAGGUUGAGAGCGAAUUUCAGAAGGCAUAUGAUAAGGGUAUCCAUAAAUCAAAGUAUUGGGAACCUACCUAUGAGGACUCACUUAAUUUGAUUGCUCGAGUUCCAAUAGUAGCUGCUUAUAUUUAUCGAAGGAUUUAUAAGGAUGGAAAAAUUAUUCCCCUAGAUGACUCUCUGGAUUAUGGUGGAAAUUUUUCACACAUGUUGGGUUUCGAUGAUCCUAAGAUGCUCGAGCUUAUGAGGCUUUAUGUUACCAUUCACAGUGAUCAUGAAGGUGGGAAUGUUAGUGCACACACAAGCCACCUUGUUGGCAGUGCUCUUUCAGAUCCUUACCUUUCAUUUGGAGCUGCAUUAAAUGGUUUGGCUGGGCCACUCCAUGGUUUGGCAAAUCAGGAAGUUUUGCUUUGGAUCAAAUCUGUGGUAGAUGAAUGUGGAGAAAACAUAACCAAAGAACAGUUGAAAGAUUAUGUAUGGAAAACAUUGAAUAGCGGGAAGGUUGUUCCUGGAUUCGGACAUGGUGUUUUGCGCAAAACAGAUCCAAGAUACAUGUGUCAAAGGGAGUUUGCACUAAAGCACUUGCCUCAAGAUCCGCUGUUUCAACUGGUUUCCAAGCUUUAUGAAGUUGUGCCUCCAAUACUCACAGAAUUAGGCAAGGUUAAGAACCCAUGGCCCAAUGUCGAUGCCCACAGUGGCGUCCUGUUGAACUAUUUUGGUCUAGCGGAAGCAAGGUAUUUCACUGUUCUUUUUGGUGUUUCAAGGAGUAUCGGAAUUUGUUCUCAGUUAAUUUGGGACCGAGCCCUUGGUUUGCCACUUGAGAGGCCCAAGAGUGUUACAAUGGAAUGGCUUGAGAAUUAUUGCAAGAAAGCUGCCUCGUCUUAGAAGUUGUCGAGGAUUGCACCAUCAUUUAUUUGUGUAAUAAUAUUUGCUUCAAAAAGCAUCCUUGGCUGAAGCUUUCAUGUUGGGGCUGUAGAGAAUUGCAAUAUUUUUUUAUGUUUUUUUUUUAAUAUUUGUUUCCUAAUAUAUAUUUUUGACACUGAAUCAUGCAAUGAGUAAUAAUAAGUCCAAAGGUGUUUUGAGAUUUA